CCGCUCUCCACGAGUGCUGCAGCUUGCUUGGGGCAGCGAAGGCGGGCGUGGAGGGUCUGUUUUUUCGUCCGUCGUGAGCGGCAUGGACGUGCUUGCGGAGGAGUUUGGAAACCUAACCCCGGAGCAGCUGGCUGCGCCCAUCCCGACUGUAGAGGUGAGCUGGAGACUGGUAAACCCUGCUUACUGCAAAGUGAAAGGCCUUGUGAAACAGCAUAUAGACUCAUUUAACUAUUUCAUUAAUGUAGAGAUAAAGAAGAUAAUGAAAGCCAAUGAAAAGGUUACGAGUGAUGCUGACCCCAUGUGGUACUUAAAAUAUCUUAAUAUCUAUGUUGGGCUUCCUGAUGUUGAAGAAAGCUUCAAUGUAACUAGACCAGUGUCCCCUCAUGAGUGCCGUUUAAGGGACAUGACAUACUCUGCGCCCAUUACAGUCGAUAUUGAAUAUACCCGAGGCAGCCAGAGGAUCAUCCGCAAUGCCUUACCCAUUGGUGGCUACUUCAUCGUUAAAGGAGUAGAAAAAGUUAUUCUUAUCCAAGAGCAGCUGUCUAAGAACAGGAUCAUCGUGGAAGCUGAUAGAAAAGGGGCAGUUGGAGCUUCAGUUACCAGCUCUACCCAUGAGAAAAAAAGCAGAACCAAUAUGGCUGUGAAACAAGGACGAUUUUAUUUGAGGCAUAAUACCUUGUCAGAAGAUAUACCCAUUGUCAUCAUAUUUAAGGCCAUGGGUGUUGAGAGUGACCAGGAAAUUGUGCAGAUGAUUGGAACAGAGGAGCACGUGAUGGCUGCAUUUGGGCCCAGUUUGGAAGAGUGCCAGAAAGCUCAGAUUUUCACACAGAUGCAGGCAUUAAAAUAUAUAGGGAACAAAGUAAGAAGGCAAAGGAUGUGGGGAGGUGGACCAAAGAAAACCAAAAUAGAAGAAGCAAGAGAGCUCCUGGCUUCUACCAUUCUGACCCAUGUACCAGUUAAGGAAUUCAAUUUCCGAGCCAAAUGUAUCUAUACUGCAGUGAUGGUGCGAAGAGUAAUUUUGGCACAAGGAGAUAAUAAAGUCGACGACAGAGACUAUUAUGGUAACAAGCGAUUGGAAUUGGCAGGACAGGGAAACUGGUCUCUAAAGAGAUUUAAAAUGGACCGCCAAGGUGUGACCCAAGUGCUGUCUCGCUUGUCAUAUAUAUCCGCCCUGGGCAUGAUGACGAGAAUAUCUUCCCAGUUUGAAAAAACAAGAAAAGUGAGUGGUCCUCGCUCUCUCCAGCCAUCUCAGUGGGGAAUGCUUUGUCCUUCGGACACUCCUGAAGGAGAGGCAUGUGGUUUGGUUAAAAACUUGGCCCUUAUGACACACAUCACAACUGAUAUGGAAGAUGGACCCAUCGUAAAACUAGCCAGUAACCUAGGAGUAGAAGAUGUGAAUUUAUUAUGUGGGGAAGAACUUUCUUACCCAAAUGUGUUUCUCGUUUUUCUUAAUGGUAACAUCCUGGGUGUCAUUCGAGACCAUAAAAAGCUAGUGAAUACAUUUAGACUGAUGCGAAGAGCAGGAUAUAUCAAUGAAUUUGUUUCCAUUUCAACAAAUCUUACAGAUCGAUGUGUCUAUAUUUCUUCUGAUGGAGGAAGACUGUGCAGACCCUACAUAAUUGUCAAGAAACAGAAGCCAGCAGUCACAAAUAAGCAUAUGGAAGAGCUGGCCCAGGGAUACAGGAAUUUUGAAGAUUUCUUACAUGAGAGUCUGGUUGAAUAUUUAGAUGUGAAUGAAGAAAAUGAUUGUAACAUUGCACUCUAUGAACAUACAAUUAAUAAAGAUACCACCCACUUGGAGAUUGAACCUUUUACUCUUCUCGGCGUUUGCGCUGGCCUGAUCCCAUACCCUCAUCAUAACCAGUCCCCAAGAAACACAUACCAGUGUGCCAUGGGGAAACAAGCCAUGGGCACCAUUGGAUACAACCAGCGAAACAGAAUUGAUACUCUCAUGUAUCUACUAGCAUAUCCACAAAAACCCAUGGUUAAAACAAAAACCAUUGAAUUGAUAGAGUUUGAGAAAUUGCCAGCUGGACAGAAUGCGACAGUUGCUGUGAUGAGUUAUAGUGGCUAUGAUAUCGAAGAUGCUCUUGUUUUAAACAAAGCCUCCUUGGACAGAGGCUUUGGGCGUUGCCUUGUAUAUAAAAAUGCUAAAUGUACAUUGAAACGAUACACCAAUCAGACUUUUGAUAAAGUGAUGGGGCCUAUGUUGGAUGCUGCUACAAGGAAACCCAUCUGGCGACAUGAAAUUUUAGAUGCAGAUGGUAUUUGUUCUCCAGGUGAGAAAGUAGAAAACAAACAAGUGCUUGUAAAUAAGUCCAUGCCCACAGUGACUCAAAUUCCUUUGGAAGGAAGUAAUGUGCCACAGCAACCACAGUACAAAGAUGUGCCCAUAACCUACAAAGGAGCAACAGAUUCAUAUAUUGAAAAAGUAAUGAUAUCUUCAAAUGCUGAAGAUGCUUUUCUGAUCAAAAUGCUGCUGAGACAGACAAGGCGUCCAGAGAUUGGAGACAAAUUCAGCAGUCGUCACGGGCAAAAAGGUGUUUGUGGCUUGAUUGUCCCCCAGGAAGACAUGCCAUUUUGUGAUUCUGGCAUUUGUCCGGACAUCAUAAUGAACCCACACGGCUUCCCAUCUCGAAUGACGGUGGGGAAGUUAAUUGAGCUGCUGGCUGGCAAGGCCGGUGUGUUGGACGGCCGGUUCCACUAUGGCACUGCGUUUGGAGGGAGUAAAGUGAAGGAUGUGUGUGAAGACCUUGUUCGCCAUGGUUAUAACUACUUGGGAAAAGACUAUGUUACAUCUGGCAUCACAGGUGAGCCCUUAGAGGCAUACAUCUAUUUUGGCCCCGUGUACUAUCAGAAACUGAAACACAUGGUACUGGAUAAAAUGCACGCCCGCGCCCGGGGCCCACGAGCCGUCCUUACCAGGCAACCCACUGAAGGUCGAUCUCGUGAUGGUGGCUUGCGUCUUGGAGAAAUGGAACGUGACUGUUUAAUUGGUUAUGGAGCCAGUAUGCUUUUGCUAGAGAGACUAAUGAUUUCAAGUGAUGCCUUUGAGGUUGAUGUCUGUGGGCAGUGUGGACUUCUGGGGUAUUCCGGCUGGUGCCAUUACUGCAAGUCAUCAUGCCACGUGUCUUCCCUCCGCAUCCCGUAUGCCUGCAAGCUGCUCUUCCAGGAGCUGCAGUCUAUGAACAUCAUCCCCAGGUUAAAACUGUCUAAGUACAAUGAAUGAGGAUGGAAAAGAUGAUUAUUUAAAUAGAACAAGUGAUAUGUUCAAUGCAAUGGAAAGCAGAAGGGAUUGAGGACUACUACUCCUCUGAAUAAUUCCUUUGAGUGUUCUCUCAUUAAAACAACGAAAAAUUGAUGAAAGUCUUUUUAUGUGCUAGAAGACUGAGUAAACAACCUGGAUCAGUGAGCUUCCAGCCAUGGGAGAGAUGCCAACAAUAGGGACUUUAACGCAGUUUGAUUCACAGAUGUACAUGACCUGAAGGGUAAACUUUUAUUUAUGUUCUGAUACCUUGAAAUUUACUCAUUGGAAGAACUUACUC